GUGGACCAAGUAUUUUGUCUGUUGCUCUAAAGCGGAAAGGUGGAAUAAACAAGUCGGGAGCAGGUUUUGUCAUAGAACAAAGUUCUCUAUUGAGGUAUCUUUUCUUCUCCCACAUGCCCACACAACCAAGGAAGAUCUCACAAGGAUAACACAAAUCUUCUUCUUUACAGGAAUUAGGAAAACAAGGGACGUGAUGACGUCGCUGGGGGAUAAAGGCUCUGUCCAGACACAGACCAAGGUCCUGUCCCAGGGCUGCUGGACGCAGGUCAGCUGUCUCUGCUGUGUGUCUGAGCGGGUGGAGCCCCUGGUCCUCAUCCAGCUUCCAGACAGCGUCCAGCCUGUCACCAAGAGGUGGCUCAUCUCCCUGAUUGAAGCUUCAAAGAGACAUGGAGGAGCAGCUUUGCUGGCCCACCCUGGAGAGGAUGAGUGUGGAAAUGUGAUCGUGGUGUCUGCUCCUCGCUGCACCCUUCUCAGAGCCACGGAGGAUCUGGGUCUGUGUAAGAAAUACCGCAAUGAAGAGAUGGCUUCUUUCUCCUACCACGACAGAGACAACUUCACCAAUGUCGGUCAGAGGCUGGUGAGGGCAGGAGUGAUAAAGGACAUCUUCCCUCUACAUGACCAGCAGAGACUGAAUGACGUCUGCAGAAGGUGGUACUCUAAGAAGCAGAUAUGGAGACAGCCUCUCGAUGCAAUCCAGUCAUACUUCGGAGGCACCAUGGCGUUUUACUUCAGCUUUCUGCAAUUCUACACCUGGGCCCUGGUUCCCCCUGCCUUCCUGGGCCUGGUCCUGACCUUUCUGGUGCCUGGAGGUGGUGGGGUGGUGAAGGAGCAGGCCGUGGAGGGGGUGAUGGAGGAGGACGACGAUGGCCCCUCGGUCAGUGGUCACAUGGUACAGGCUGUAUUCAGCAUGCUGUGGUCCACGCUGUUCAUCGAGUUCUGGAAGCGCCGGAGCUCCUCCCUCUCCCACCGCUGGGGCACACGGCACCUGACCGAGCGUUUCGCCGAGCCCCGCCCUGGCUUCCACGGUACCCUGGGGCUCAACCCUGUGACAGGUCGUCUGGAGCCCCUGUUCCCGGAGUGGCAGAGGCAGCUGCGUGUGGGCCUGGUGUCGUUGCCCCUAGUGGGGCUGUUCCUGGGACUGGUGGUGCUGGGGAUGACAGGCUUCUACCACGGAGAGGCCCUGGUACAGGGCUUCCAUCAGGACAGCGGCUCCCUGUUCUCUGGAGCUCUGCUCUACCUGCCCUCCAURGCCCACAYWGUCUACACCAMCAURYURRRGAAUGUGUACCACKCUGUGGCCAUGCAACUCACCRAGUGGGGUGAGAGAGGGCACUGGGCAAUGGGGAGGGAGAUGRGUUAG